AUGCCGACCCUCGAACCCUACAAGGACAACCAUUACCUCUGGAAAUAUGUGCCCAGCCUCGUGCUUUCAAUUGUCUUUACCGCCCUGUUUGGUAUCGCAACCAUAGCCCAUACCUGGAGGAUGGUGCGUUCCAGGAUGUGGUUUUGUAUCCCCUUCGUGGUUGGUGGUCUUUUUGAAGUGAUCGGCUAUCUGACUCGUGCCUUCUGCUACAAUGCCACGGGCGCCUUGGUCCCCUACCUCCUUCAGGCCAUCUUCCUAGUCCUUCCGCCAGUCUUCUUCGCCGCGUCAUUGUACAUGGUAUAUGCUCGUGUGGUCCGAGCCGUCCACGGGGAUCGGUUCUCGCUCCUGACGCCGCGCAUGACGACCGUCGUCUUCGUCUCGGGAGAUUGGUUCUGUCUUAACAUCCAGUCAACCGGCUCCGGGCUGCUGGCUAAGCCGAAGAAUCAGGCAAUAGGCGACUGGAUCAUCGUGGCCGGGUUGGGACUUCAGGUCAUCAUGUUUGCCGUCUUCAUGGUGGUCUGCCUGACCUUCCAUGCGCGCCUUCGAGCCCGCUUGGCUCAAACGUGCAGCACCAUACCCGACGUCCCGUGGCAAGCGUGCUUGAACAUGCUGUACGCGACUUCGCUCCUCAUUCUGGUGAGGAAUGUCUAUCGGGUCGUCGAGUUCGUCAUGGGUCAGGACGGCUAUCUUCUUGCCACCGAGUGGCCAGCAUACGCAUUCGACGGCGUGCUGAUGUUGCUGGUGAUGAUCGCCUUCUUUAUCUGGUAUCCGAGCGACAUUGUUGAGAGCACGCAGGAGCCGUCCUUAAUAGAGCUCCCGAGCCACGGUGCCAGUUUCGACGGGCAUGCCCAUGUUGGGGUCGAGUUUGAGCAAAAGAGAGGGGAUGAGAUUUCUCGAGGAUAA